CGCAGAGAUCGCAGCAGUCAAUCAAGAUGGCGAAGCCUACCAGGAUCUGCUGCAUCGGUGCUGGCUAUGUCGGAGGCCCCACGAUGGCGAUGAUUGCCUUAAAGUGCCCCGAGAUCAUCGUCACUGUGGUUGACCUGAACGAGAGCCGCAUCAAUGCCUGGAACAGUGAGACGCUGCCCAUCUAUGAGCCUGGGCUUUUCGAGGUCGUGAAGGCCUGCAGGGGCAAGAACCUCUUUUUCUCGACGGACUGCCGCUACCACGUUGCGCAGGCAGACAUCGUCUUCGUGAGUGUGAACACACCCACCAAGAUGUCUGGAGUGGGGGCGGGCAAGGCAGCAGACCUGGCCUACUGGGAGGGGGCUGCUCGCAUGAUCGCCUCUGUUUCCACAUCCUCCAAGAUCAUUGUGGAGAAGAGCACCGUGCCUGUGAAGACCGCAGAGGCCAUCGGCAAGGUGCUGAGGAGGAACUGCCCCCACCCGGACGUCCAGUUUGAGAUCCUGUCCAACCCGGAGUUCCUGGCAGAGGGCACCGCCAUCCAGGACCUCACCAACCCCGAUAGGGUGCUGAUCGGCGGGAAGGAGACAGAGAGCGGGCGCGCGGCGGUGGCUGCGCUGGCGUCGGUGUACGCGCACUGGGUGCCGGCCGAGCGCAUCCUGUGCGCCAACCUGUGGAGCGCGGAGCUGUCCAAGCUGACGGCCAACGCCAUGCUGGCGCAGCGCAUCUCCUCCGUUAACUCCAUCUCAGCGCUCUGCGAGGCCACCGGCGCCGACGUGCAGCAGGUCGCCCACGCCCUCGGCACAGACAGCCGCAUUGGCCCCAAGUUCCUGAACGCCAGCGUGGGCUUUGGAGGCUCCUGCUUCCAAAAGGACAUCCUCAACCUGGUCUACAUCUGUGAGAGCGUGGGCCUGAAGAGGGUGGCGGACUACUGGCACUCGGUGAUCCAGAUCAACGACUACCAGAAGCACCGCUUUGUGGAGAUGGUCAUUGGCAGCAUGUUCAACACCGUCUCCGGCAAGAAGAUCGCCAUCCUCGGCUUCGCCUUCAAGAAGGACACUGGCGACACCCGUGAGACGCCCGCCAUCGAUGUGUGCCACGGCCUCAUUGCGGACGACGCGCGGCUGAGCAUCUACGACCCACAGGUCCAGCAGGACCAGAUCUUCAGGGACCUUUCGAUGCCCAAGUUCCAGUGGGACCACCCGAUGCUGCCCAACGGCGCCCAGGUUCCCUUCUCUUCGCGCGAAAUCGACCGCACCGUCAGCGUCUCCUCAGACCCCUACAAGGCAUGCGCGGGGUCGCAUGCGCUGUGCGUGAUGACGGAGUGGGACGAGUUCAAGGCGCUGGACUUCGACCGUAUCUUUGCCAGCAUGAGCAAGCCCGCGUUUGUGUUUGACGGCCGCAACAUUCUGGACCACGAGCGCCUCCGCUCCAUUGGCUUCAUUGUCUACGCCCUGGGCAAGCCUCUGGAGCCCUUCCUGCAGAAGCAGUAGCGCGCUGGCCGGAUUCCGGUGCCAGCCAUGCCAGGGGCGUUUGCCUGGAGCGUGCAGGGGGGGAUGUAGUGACAGUCAUGCGCAUGCAUGCAAGGGGUCUGGCCCAGAUCUGAUCCCUUCCUGCAGAAGCAAUAGCAUGCAGGAGGGAGCGUGGGUGCCAGCCAUUGCAUGCAUGCGUGCAUGGGGGUCUGUGGCCAUUAGUGCAAAGGCGGGAACGUGGUUGCCAGCGAUGCGCUUGCAUGCAAGGGAGGAGGGUGUUGCCAGGCAAUGCCAGCCAUGCGCAUGCAUGGAAGCGGCCCUGUGGCCGGUACUCAGCAGGAGGGAGCAUGCCGCCAGCCAUGCGCAUGCAAAGGGGGCGUGUGUGACAGCCCAUGGACCAGCUGGGCUGGAUACAUAGAACAUCGAAGUGGAGGUGUCUGCAUGACAGGGGUCACUUUUCCUGUGGUGCCAGUAGGGGAAGAGUGCCAUGGGGCACUGUAGGGGAUGUAGAACAUUGCUAGAUUUAGAGGAAUACAAUAUGCGUCCAUGUCCAAGCUUUGUCUGUUAGUAAACGCAGUGCUGUGAAACAGUGACACGUCUCGGUUGCCGUUUCAAAACGUUUCUCUGCGAUUCUUUUCCUGCCAGGUUGCCGAACAAAAAAAAAUGAGACAGCCAUGGUAUCCUGUGAAGGCUGUGCCUUCUGAUCAGUGAGCAAGAAUUGAUAGGACCUAGAUUGGCACGAUCAGUGUGUGCUGUUGCAAUGCAUAUGCCUAUGACAACUUUUUCCAACAUAACAUCUGAAGAUGAUAGAACUGCUGUGGCAUUAAUCAGUGAUUGGCUGUAAUGGCCCUGAUGUUGCCAAGAAUCCACAUGAAAAGAUGAAUUCACUUAGUCAAGCGAGGGUAGUGAGGCUAUUGAAAGAGGUUGUGCACCUGCCCUUGUAAAUACCCACACCAUGACAGAUACCCAGGAGCUCCUUGAGAUUCCUCCGGUGCGAUAGGAUUUCAUGGAAUAUUGCAAAGUGCGUCUGAAAGUC